GUUUAGUUUCGUCCCAUCUGAAUUCGAUAGCUACUCGCCUUGUAUGGAGUAUGGGUUCUGUACGAUACGAUGCCCUAAUUUCCUAAUUUUCAACAUGAAUGGAAUCAAAUGAACGAGGAUAAGACAAUUUCAAUGCACACUUUUCUUCCUUCCUUAAUCCACUAUAUAAACAUUUGAAAUCACUCUCCGCUUUUCCGUUUCCAAUAAUUCAUAGUCUUUCACUACUCCUGUUACUUCAAUGUAUACCAAUAUCUCCAAAACCCAAGCAUUUCCUCUCGCAGCCAAAUUAUCUUCCCAUCCCACAUGCUUCAAUUCACUCUCCACCUUAAAACCCCAAUUUUUACCACUCGCUUCUCACAAAAAACCCAUCUUUACAAAUAAAUUUGGAACCUUUCAAAUGGGAAAACUACCAAAUUCAUACGGGUUGAUUCUACAUAUCGCUAGAAGAUAUUGUGCCGCUAGAAGAAGUUUCUCUAGUGCUGAAAGUGCAGAAGAGCGACUACCUUGGCUAGAAAAGUAUGAAGUUAAGGAAGAUAAGGGGGUGCAGAAAGCAAAAAGAAGCAAUGUUGGUAGUUCCAUUCAGAGUGGUAAGUCUUCUUGGGAGCAAUCAGUUGAUAGGUUAGAGAAUUCAACAGUUCCUGAAUUUAAACCUAGAUCAAAUUCAGCAGCAUUUUCUAUGAAAGGUGGUGUUUUAGGUGCACCAAGUAAGGGAAAGAAUAAUGGGUUGGUUGAGAAGGUGAGAGAGCGUAGAAACGAUAGGGGUAGCCGAUAUGGGAAGUUUAAUGAUAAUGUUGAAGAAAGAGUUGUUGAUGAAAUGGAAGAGGAGGAAAAUGAGGCUGUUGAUGAUCCAAGGUGGGAUAAUAUAAGGACUAGGGUCAAAGGGGUGCUUAGAGCAAAAGGUGGAUUGGAAAGACCAGAAUUUCGAAGAUUCGAUAGGGAAGAGAAUUGGGGUAGAAAGACAUGGAAAGAGGCAACUGAGUCAACUGUGCCUAAGAUUGUUGGUGAGGGAAUCUAUGGAGUUGGUCCAGUUUUGGCUGCCUUGUUAUCUGGUAGAAGGGAAUUCUAUGCAUUGCAUGUGCAACAAGGUUUGGAUUUGAGUAGCAACAAUAGGAAGAAGAAGGACAAGAAAGGGUUUGAAAGGGUUCUAAAGAUUGCUGAAAAGAUGAAUUUAAGUAUAAAAGAAGCAUCAAAGCAUGAUUUGAAUAUGGUGGCUGAUAACCGACCUCAUCAAGGUUUGGUUUUAGACGCAUCGCCGCUUGAGAUGGUGAAAAUUAAGGAAUUAGAACCUGUUUCUGUUGAGGAAGGGAAAGGUUCUCUUUGGGUAGCAUUGGAUGAAGUUACCGAUCCUCAGAAUUUGGGAGCAAUUAUUAGGUCUUCGUAUUUUUUCGGAGCUUCUGGAAUAGUGUUAUGUGCUAAGAAUUCUGCUCCAUUGAGUGGUGUUGUGAGUAAAGCAAGUGCAGGCUCACUUGAAUUAAUGGAACUUAGAUAUUGCAAGAACAUGAUGCAAUUCUUAGUGUCUUCAGCCGAAAACGGUUGGCGAGUUAUUGGAGGAUCUGUCUCCUCGAAAGCUAUUUCUUUGAAUGAGAUUGAACCUGGUCCGCCGACUAUUCUUGUUUUAGGAAGUGAGGGCACUGGUUUGAGGCCUUUGGUGGAGAGAUCAUGUACUCAGUUGGUUAAAAUUUGUGGUAAUAUUCCUCCAGACUUAAAUACUAGUGAAUUAGAAGGUGAAAGUACCGGUUUGAAUAGCGAGAGCACGGGUAACGAGUUCCUUUCAUUUUUGGCUGUGGAAAGUUUAAAUGUUAGUGUAGCAGCAGGCGUGCUUCUUCACCACUUAAUUGGUAAAAGCUCUGUUGAUUCUUUGCCGGACGGGAAUAGACCAAUUUCUGAGUGAGAUUGCAAGGCCUCAAUUUAUUUAGUCUGCUCUCAUAGUGUCUUAUACAAUGUAGUUUAUCCUUUUCUAUAAUUGAUCGGGGAAAGUUGGUCUUAUCUAGAACAGGAUUGAUUAGUUGGUUCACAAAUUUUGACUGCAUUUUAACUUGAUGAUUCAAUAUAUUGGACACAAGUUUGAAGCUUCUUUUGGUUAUCAAUUUGAAGUUCUCUUAGUAUAUGGAUUUAUAUUAGUUUUUAAUUAUAGGUGUAUUGGUUUAAUUUUAAGGUUCAGAUAUGAUUUUUUUUCAAUACCAACCUAGUUUAUAACA